AUGAAGCGGAAGCAGAGAACCUCGGCGGCGGCCGCCGCCGCCGCCGCCACCGAAGUCGACGCCGACGAGCCGUCCCAGGCCCUGCUCCCCCUCGACGACUAUUCGGGCGACGUCUGCGCCGCCCUCACCGCGCGCUACGGCCGCUCCGCCUCCGCGCAGCACCGCCACCUGCUCGCCACCGCCGCCGCCAUCGGCUCCAUCCUCGCGGACGACGGGCGCUCCCUCACAGCCGAGUCCUACCUCCCCGCCGUCGUCUCCGCGCUCCGAGCCGCCGGCCCCUCCGACCCCGCCGCCGCUUCCGCGCUCGCCUCCCUCCUCGUCAUCCUCAUCCCCCACAUCUCCUCCCUGCCGCCGGCCUCCGCCUCCGAGUCCGCCUCCUCGCUCGCCGACUUCCUCGCCUCCCCUGACGCCUCCAAGCUCCCCACCGGCACCGUGCGCUCGGUGGUCAAGUCGCUCGGCCACCUGGCGCUCCUUCUCGAACCUGCAGCCGAUUGGGGCGCGCCUCUGGAGGCUCUCCUCGCCGCGUCCGUGGAUCAGCGCGCCAAGGUCCGAAGAUGCGCACAGGAGAGUGUGGAGAAGCUCUUCGCUUACUUGGAGCGCUCCGGCUGUGGGAAGAAAGCUAGCAGUGCUGCAGUUGGCUUGUUCGAGAAGCACAUUUCGUCGGUGAGAGGUCUUGCCAAAUUGGAUGCAGACGCUUCCGAGGCUAAGGAGACGGAGGCGGUUCACAUGCUAGGCGCGAUGGCAGUUUUAGUUCCGCAUCUAUCUAAGAAGGCAAGGAGUACAGUGUUCUCGGGUGCUCGUCGGCUGUUGAGCGCCCGUUUUAGCCCGCUCACAAGGCAUGUCCUCAGGCUAAUGGAGGCCUUGCUGGAGCAUCUUAAGGUUGAGAAUGUUGAGUCGGAGUUGGAGAACUUCGUCUCCUUGCUGUUGGCCUAUCUGCCUUAUGAUGAGAAGAAGCCUGAUGAUACCAUCAUUGCAGCAUUACAGCUGAUGAAAAGUUGUUUAGCGAAAUUCGCCGGUCACUCAAAAUUGUGGACAAAGGCUCUUCCAUCUGCAUUUGAGGCAGUUUCAGGAUACCUAAUUCUGGACAGAAAAUGUUCUGAAGAUAUAGCAAAACUGCUAAUAGAGUGCAUCUAUUCUCAUGUCGACCAAAGUAUUUUGUUGACUAAUGAAUCACAGCCUGAUGCUGGGGAUUCAAGUGAUGGCGCUGCUGUCAAAUCAAUCUGUUUGUCUAUCAAUAAAAGACUCAAAAAGUGUCCUGCUCCUCCUCUUCCUGAUAAUGUGUUAAAGAUCGUCCUGGCUUUGUUUCUCAAACUGGGGGAGUGUUCUUACAUUUUUAUGAAAGACAUCCUACUAACUUUGUCACGACUUGGUACGAAAAUACACAAAGAACCACACCUGAAGAAGGUUGAGGAGUGCAUUGGGGCAGCAAUAGUUGCCAUGGGGCCAGAUAAAAUUCAUUCACUACUCCCAAUAUCUUUUCAUGAGGAUUGGUUUACAUGCUCAAAUACUUGGCUCGUACCCAUUUUAAGCAAGUAUGUUUAUGGGGCCUCACUGCAACACUUUAUAGAGUACAUUGUACCGCUAGCGAAAUCUUUACGGGAUGCUUCAAGCAGGGCAAAAAAACCACGAAAAUGUAAAGAGUUGCAAGCUUGGAGUGAUCAAUUGUGGAACUUGCUUCCUGCCUUCUGCCGCUAUCCGUCUGAUGUAUAUCAGAAUUUUGGUUCCUUGUCCAAACUGCUUGUAGAGAUGCUGAAGUGUGAUCGGUGUCUCUACAAAUCCGCUUGUAAAGGCCUUCAGCAACUUAUCGAUGGAACUAGAAGAUUAACUAGCAGCGAUCAAGACGUAGAAAUCCCUGCAGAAAUUUCAGCCUUGUUCACGUCAUCGGAGGCUAAUAACUUAAGCUGUGUAAGCUUACAAAGAUGCUCGAAAAAAGAUGCCCGUAAAAGCAUGAAAGUCCUGGCAUCACAUUCUGUGGAUCUUCUUUGCACUUUUGCAGAUGAUUUCCUUGACUCUUCAGAAAAGCGUGCUCACUUAAAGGAUGCUCUGAGAUCCCUUGCUCAACUUUCUGGUAGCGCAAAUAUCUGUAACCUUUUUCUUUCACUAGUUAAAAGAUUUGGUUUGGAAGAUACUCCAUUGGAGCCAGAGAAUCUAGAAUGUCAAACAAAUGAGGUAGAUGGAAAAGAAGAAGAGAGCAGUGAUGCUACAGCGGAGAUAAAUAAUAAGAGGUCACUUCUGAUGGAACUCAUUCCCACGCUAGCUGAAGCUGCCGAUGAAGAUGCGCUUGAUUUAUUUUUUGGAUUCAUCAAGUCUUCUUUACUGAACAACAUCAAGUCGUGUGACAGCAGAGCUCUCUUCGCAUUAAGCAUAAUUUUGAAGGAACAUCAUGGAUAUUCUUUAACCCAGUUGGAUGAAAUAAUGAUGCUUCUUCAUGGAAUAAAGCCAGAUUCUAAUAAUGCAGUUUUAGAAGGCCAAUUAGUAUGCUAUAAGUAUCUGUUGGUUCAUAUGAUUAAGGUUAAUGAAGAGAGCACCAGCAAGAAGGCAUUCUUGAUUCUAAAUGAGUUAAUACUUGCAUUGAAGUCUAAGAAGGAAAAUAGAAGAAUAGCAUACGAUGUACUCCUGGCUAUCAGUACUAGCUUGAGGAGCUCCGAAUCAAAUAACGGAGAUUCAGAUCUUCAACGACUAUUCACAAUGGUAAUGGGAUAUCUUUCUAGUCCGUCUCCUCACAUAGUGAGUGGAGCAAUUGCUGCGCUAUCAUUGCUUAUAUACAAUGAUGCUAAUUUUUGCAUGGAAGUUCCAAAUUUGAUACCAUCAGUUCUAGUUCUGCUGCAAAAUAAAGCUAUUGAAAUAAUUAAGGCAUCUUUGGGCUUUGUUAAGGUGUUGGUAACAUCUUUGCAUCCAGAAAAACUAUUGAGUUUGCAAGCAGAUAUCAUGACUGGCAUAUUACCAUGGUCAUCUUUUACAAAGCACCAUUUCAAAGGGAAGGUUGUACUAAUACUGGAAAUAUUGAUUAGGAAAUGUGGAUUUGAUGCCGUUAACCUAGUAACACCGGAAAAAUACAAGGAGUUCGUUAGAGAGGUUGAAGAGGGCCGCAAGGGGAAUCAUAAUCCAGCAGAUGGUGCAGAGCCUGAGGCAAAUGAUCCUGAGGAUCCUACUCCGAAGAGAAGAAAAUGGGGUGACUCUAAUGCUGAACCUGGGCAAGAGGAAACACCGAAAAGGGAAUUCUUCGUCAAAGGGGAUAGGAAACCUCACUUUGGGGGUGCCAGAAACCAUACUGACAAAGCAUCAGGCGGCAAAGGUGAUAGAACUCAUUUCAGACCCAAAUCCAAUGCACGGUCAGGAAAUAGUCAAAAUUACAGAGGCGGUAAAUCGCAAGGCCGCGACACGAGGCCCAGAAAUGGUGCGUUCAACAGCACACCGAACCGUGGGACGAGACAGUCCGCCCACUCUCCUAGAUUCAAGAAGGCUAGGACUGCAGCAACAUGAGGUGGUUUGCACUGUCCAGCUAUCGUCACGCAGACCCAUGGAUUUCGGCGUUCUGGCCUGAAGAGCAUGGUUCCAGUUUAGGACUUCAGCUAUGUAUUCUGCCCAUUUUGCCAAGCUCUACGGGCUGAGUUUUUCCAGUGUUCUGCCAAACCGUAGAACCAGACUGGUGGUUAACAGUGCCAGUCACUUAUCCAUCUUUUUUUUGUGCAGUAAAAUUUUGGCUUCUCAGUGGCUAGAUUCGUGUAACAGUUUUUUCUAUUCACACAAACAUAUCAGUGCAACCGCUCCAACAAUUUAUAUAACGAGUUUUUAAAAAAUUAUGUA